UUGCUUGAUAACAGGCGGGAAUGCUGAGUCCGCGGGCUCAUGAGAACCGAGUCUAGUACUCAAAGAACCGAGCCCCCUGAGUUUCGAGUCGAGUCAUUGCGCAUGUUGUGGUCCAUUUCUUGACGAUCGAAAAUAUGGGUUUGUCUAAAAUGGCGUUAGAUCAAAUUAAGGUAACAACAGAUGACGGCAUGUUCCGCUCGCCAAGCAUCCAUUUUUCGCAGGGGGGAAAAAACAAGAAAGGGAAAAGAAGGGAAAAAGCUACAAGUAGGCCGAAGUUGGCUCAACCAUCAGACGUACCACCCAAGAAAGAUCUCUCUUGUUCGCAUCGCCUUGCCAGGCCGAUGCGAGCUCGCUUUUAAACGAGAGGAAGAGGACCCUUCGUGGCCCCAGUCUGCUGAAAAGAAGAUGGCUUUAGAGGAUGAGUUCAAGGAAUACGCAGAGAAGGCCAAGUCGUUGCCCGCGAGCACGAAAGAUGCAGACAAGCUGGUGCUCUAUGGGCUGUACAAGCAAGCCACCAUAGGAGCUGUCAAUACCAGUCGGCCCGGCUUCUUCAGCCCUGCGGAGAGGGCGAAAUGGGAUGCUUGGAAAGCAGUUGAAGGGAAGAGCAAGGAAGAAGCAAUGGCUGAUUAUAUCACCAAGGUGAAGGAGCUGCAGGAAGUGCCCUCCACAUGAACUGAAUUCAAAUCCUUUAAAAUUUGGACUUUCACCACUUCUGAUACUUAGCCAAGCUGUUCUAUUUACAGUACGCAACAAGUCCGUGAAUUUGAUUCUCUGUAUUCAACAACAGUUGUUUCUGCAAGUUUUCACCCCUAUUAGAACAA